UGAAAAUGCGAACACGAUCGUAGCUAACUUCGCUGUAGUUUUUCCCGCAGUUUGGCGUCCACACGGACUGAUAUAAAAAAUAUUAUACAAAUUUUCUAUGAAUUUAGAUCAAUAGGACAUUACAAUCCCAGUGUGUUUUGUUCUUCAGUGAUGUUCUAAUGGACGGAAUAUGUUUGUUCUGUGAUUGUUUUGUUUGAUAGCUAGUGCCGUGGCGGUUUUGUAAACACGGGAAACGGGACCCACGUCUAUGACUUAUCAUUGGCAGUAUGGCGGAAAUAGUGUACCCGCAAGGCUGCAGGCCUAUCACCGAUGACCUAGGACCCGAUGAGCUAGUGCGGAGACUUAAGGCGUUGGCACACACCCUCCAAGGUCUAGGCCAGGAUGAGGGCAUGUACCAGCAGUACAUCCCUCUAGCGAUCCACCUCGCCGAUGACUUCUUCCUCACCAACCCCUCUCGCGACGUCCAGCUGCUCAUAGCAUGUUGUAUCGCGGAUGUACUGCGCGUGUACGCGCCUGAAGCGCCGUAUAAAGACCAGGAGCAGGUGAAGACAAUAUUCCUGUUCCUGAUCAACCAGCUGCAAGGCCUCCGGGACCCAAAGGACCCGGCCUUCAAACGCUACUUCUACCUGCUCGAGAACCUUGCCUACGUCAAGUCGUUCAACAUGUGCUUCGAGCUGGAAGACUGCCAGGAGAUCUUCUGCGCUCUGUUCUCGCUCAUGUUCAAGAUUGUCAACACGGAGCACUCGUCUAAAGUGAAAUCCUUCAUGCUGGACGUGCUGUGCCCGCUCAUCACCGAGUCGGACGUGGUCUCCAACGAGCUGCUGAACGUGAUCCUCAUGAACCUGGUGGAGCCCAACAAGCGUGAGAGGAAGCACGCGUACGCGCUCGCCAAGGAGCUCAUCAGCAAGACCAGCGAGACCCUAGAACCUUACAUACAGGCGUUCUUCAACCACGUCCUAAUCCUCGGUAAAGAAGAGAAAACCCUCCUCAUCUUCUCCAAAGUAUACGAGCUUAUCUACGAACUGAACCAAUGCUGCCCAUCCAUCCUCAUCGCCGUGCUACCCCAGCUCGAGUGCAAGCUCAAAUCCGCCCAGUUCCAGGAGAGACUCAGCGCUGUAGCGCUACUUGCUAGAAUGUUCUCCGAACCCGGAUCAGGACUUGCCAAACAGUACCCAGCCUUAUGGCGAGCUUUCCUAGGACGCUUUAAUGAUAUAGCUGUCCCGAUUCGAAUCAAAUGUGUCCAGUACUGCAUGCACUUCUUAGUGCACCAUCCGGACUUGAGAAAAGAUAUAACAGAGACAUUGAAAAUGAGACAGCAUGAUGCUCACGAACAGGUUAGGUAUGAAGUCGUUAUGGCUAUAAUAGCGACCGCUCAGAGGGAUUUCCAAGCGGUAGCUGAAUCAGAAGACCUACUACAUUUUGUUAGAGAAAGAACGUUGGAUAAAAAAUUCAAAAUCCGCAAAGAAGCUAUGUCCGGGUUAGCUAUGAUUUACAGAAAAUUCUUGACUGAGGAAAGCGUGCCGCCUGCUACAGAGAAAGCAGUACAAUGGAUUAAGGAUAAAAUCCUCCACGGAUAUUACAUGACUGCUCUAGAAGACAGAUUGCUCGUUGAAAGACUGUUAAACACUUCUCUCGUUCCUUACACUCUGCCUCCUCAAGUUAGAAUGAAGAAGCUAUACUACCUUAUGUCAAAUGUCGACGCUAACGCAACUAAAGCAUUUAUAGAACUUCAAAAGCAUCAGUUGGCGGUGCGUCGCACGGUCGCCGAAUGGGUAGAGCUGCACAGAAAACCACCAACACCAGCGGUGCAGAAGGAAUUGAUCGCUAAAGUGUUACACAUAAGCUCCAAAUUCCUGCCGGAGUCGGUUAAGGCGCAGGAGUUCUUAAAUAAGUUCUCAGCUCAUAUGAAACAGGCGCCAGAGUUGCUGCAGGGAAUGGAGAUGAUAUUGAAUCCUAAUGUUAGCUGCGAAGUGUGCGUUCGUACUACGUCGAACGUGCUAAAGAAGCUCGGCCAGCCCGUGAUGACAAACCUGUACUACAACACAGUGAAGAUGCUCCUCGAGCGCGUUAGCUCCGUAAUGAUAGACCACGAGGCCCUGCUCAUCCUCGUCGGCUACGUAGAGGGCGCCUGUAGGGGCUCUGACGACUCCAUCGCUGAGGAGUGCGGCACAACACAAAAAGUGGCAGCGGAGCGCGGCCUGAAGCUCCUGGUGAUGCUCUCCUUCGUGUUUCCGGCGCAUUUCUUACACUCGGACGUGUUGGAACGACUCACAGCUCUAUUGGAACACGAGGAUGAAACUGUGGCGCCGCAUAUACUGGCCGCGCUCACGUUCCUUGGGAAAUACCGCCCGCUGAGCGAGGCGUGUCCAUCUCUGUUCCCGCGACUGAUCUCGCUGUGCAAGGCGUACGCCGAAGUGGGCACGCCCAAACAGGCCAAGAAUGCUGUCAGAUGUCUAUUCGUCAACGUACCUGAGCAGCGCUCCGCCAUCUUCACGGAAAUCCUGGAGACGCUCAAAGGCACGCUAACUCCUCACUCGGAGCAUUACCGCACGGCCAUAGUGACGCUCGGCCACAUCGCCCACAACCUGCCAGAGAGCUUCCCUCUGCACAUUAAGAACAUCGUCUCCAGAAAGAUCGUGAAGGAGCUCCUAGUCCGUGAAGGCGGCGGCGGGCCUCACGCGCCCGACGAGGAGUGGUGCGCCGAGGAGGAGCUCCCCGAGGAGACGCGCUGCAAGCUCGAGGGGCUCAAGUGCAUGGCGCGGUGGCUGCUCGGGCUCAAGCGGGACGAGCUCUCGGCGCAGAAGACCUUCCGCAUGCUCAACGCGUUUAUAGUGCACAAGGGGGACCUGCUGCAGCAAAACCAGCUGUCUAAAGCGGAGAUGGCGUGGCUGCGGCUCGGCGCGGGCGCCGCCAUGCUCAAGAUCUGCGAGCAGAAGGGCGUCGGCGACCAGUACACCGCCGAACAGUUCUACAACCUCAGCCAUCUCAUGAUCGAUCCGGUACCACAAGUCAGAGAAGCAUUUGCAGCCAAACUACACAAAGGACUUUCAAAGGGUAUCCCGAACAAGUGCCUGCCGCUGGACUUCAUGGGCAUGUACGCGCUGGGCGGUCGCGAGCCGGAGCGGCGCCUGCGCGGGCUCGUGCGCCAGUACAUGCUGGCCGACGUGGUGCGCCGCCGCGAGUACAUCCGGAACAUCACCGUCGGCACCAAGGAACGAGCGGUGUCUCAGCUGCCACACAUCCUGCCGGACUACAUGCUGGUGUUCGCGGUGCCGGUCCUCACGCACGACCCGUACUUCGAGGCGUACGACAACGUGGCACAACUUAAGGUGAUGAAGCAGUGCAUCUGGUUCGUGUUGGAGCCGUUGAUCACCCGCAACGACUUCUACUGCUACGGCUUCUACAAGAGCCUCGUCGAGCGCAUGAAGAACCACAAGGACGCCCUGCACGAAUCUGACGACAACUACAAUUAUAAAAUGUGGGCGAUCUGCGACCUGGCCAUGUCGGUGAUCUGGGCGCGCUCGGCCAGCUUCGAGAUGCGCGACUUCCCCUCCGACGCGCGCAUCCCCACCAUGUACUUCGCGCCGCAGAACGAGUUCUUCGUCAACACCCGGGUGUUCCUGCCGCCCGAGCUGCAGUUCCAGCCCAAGAAGCCGAUGACGGCAGAGGCGGCGCCGCGCGGCAAGAAGCGCUCGCGGCCCGCCACCGACAACAUAGACACCAACGACGUCGAGCCAUCGGAGGCGUCCGACACCCAGAUCCAGCUGCCCGGCCUCGAGCACCCGCCCGAGACCGACGUGGACGAGCCGCCCGGCAAGCGACCCAACUCCGAGUGAACCACUUUCAACAAGAUAUUAUACACGGACGGAUAGAGGCAUACUCAUUUUGUACAUUGACGGGGUAAUGAGGCAUUAAAAAUGGUACUAGUUAAGCGGUGUUGGUGUUACGAAUUCCAGCCAAUUGUGCAGUCUAACGCAACUAGUUGCGACCAAUACCGCGCAAUGCGAACUCAUCAACCAAUCGCGCGCGUGAUGCGAACUCAUCAACCAAUCGCGUUGUAGCGGUUUCACACCGCUGUACUGGCCCCUGACGUGCCUCAUUAUUAUUGCCCGUUUAGCCAGUCCCUAGAUAUCUAUGUCGAUGAUUUUGUACUUUUGGGGCAUUCCAUGAAAUUGUCUACUGUUCGUCCCGUACAAACGCGAAUUUUCUGAAGAUUUACAGAAGAGUUUCCUUUUCUAUGACAAAUGGUCGAAAAUAUGCACAGAAUAAUAAUCGCCUGCUUUAAAUGCCGAAAAAUAAGUCGCAACACAGGAAAUAAAAUGCGUUUGUACGGGACAGUCCGUGGAAUGCUACUUUUACCCUUUGAACGACACGGUCGCCAAGUUUCCGACCAACCUGGCUGGUUUACCACCAAAUUCCUUUGUGAACUAACCACCGACCAAGGCCAAGGCCACCCUUAAAAGCCGAACUACCGACCAAGGCCAAGGUGACCUUAACCCUUAAGCUUGGUUGGCUCUACAUCAUACUCUAAAAUGUCACCCGUAUGCGAGUGAGCCAAUAUAAAUCUUACCUGAAAGUAUAUUACAUUAGCAGCGUAUAACACUUACACAAUGUCAUAGCGUUCUUGGCGCUGUGGGCUAUGGGUACUACUCGUGACGAUUUUUUGGCGUUCUUGGCAUCAAAAGGGGACAAUACUGGACAAAACUGGACUUGAGUAGCGUUGAAAUUUUAAAUGUGUACCAUUUUUUCGAUAAACUGUAAAAUUUUGGGUGUUUUCUAUGCAAAAUCACUGGUAUUGUAUUAUUUUAAUAACAGAACAGUAUUUUCAGUUUUUCAUACUACAACAGGUAUACUUGUUUUGUGAUGCUCGAUAAAAAUAUUCAUAGAAAUGUGUCUCAAAACUGUCUGAUUGAUAAAUUAAACUAAAUAAAAUAUUCGUGAUUUUGCGUACUUAAUACCCGAAAUUUCUAAUAUAAAGUAGCAAAUUGUUUUUUUUUCUGAAUAUAAGUUAUAUUUACGUUUUAUGCCUAAACAUAUUGCGUUCAACAUUGACCGAUCACUCCAAUGUUUGAUUAAAGGCAUGUAUUAAACUAAAACGCGUAUCCAUAGGUGAAAGAAAAUCUUGAAAAAUGCCAGUGUAUGUAUUGUACAGUCCAGUGUAAAAAUAUGGGUGCACAGAUCAAGAAUAUGUCCAUAUGCUCUUGUGUCAGCGGAUUAAGACAUAUUAUAUGCACCCAUAUGCAUUUGAGUAUGUUAUAUGCACCCAUAUUUUGACAUUUGACUGUACAAAAUAUUGAACCUGCCUACUGCCCAAAUGCUUUUGAUGUAGAAAAACUAAUUCUACAUAAAUCAGAGCAAUCAUUUUAGUUUUUACAGCUGUGAAUUAUUCCCUCUUACUAUUUGUUAUUGUACCAGCGCCCACACUGUUAACAACUGACAGUUUGUACACCUUAUUACAUGGCAUAAGACUGUGUCAAGGACAAACAAUAAUAGCUCUUUCGCUGCUACUCCUACUGAAAGAUACAUAAGACUAUCCUGUUCGGUCACUUCCCCCCGCCUUUCAUGCCAGAUCCAGUUAUAUACUAGAUUCAUGCAAUAUAAUAAUAUAUUCAUGAUGUCCAAUUUAAAACACUGCCAGGUGGUUUUCUUUUAUAAUACCUAUUCUAGCGAUUUCUUUUGUCGUGUUAUAAGAUCAAGGUUAUGUCCAGUAUUUUGGACGUUGUCGAAUAAAACGCGAUUAACACUACUAUCCUGAAUUGAUACUGUGAAAAAGAAAGGAUGAUUUCGGCUUCUAACCUCGUAAGUCCCUUCGUGCUGGUACAAGUACAAAUUAAUAUCGAGUUUUACUCUUAUGAAAACUAGUGGCUCUGUGAGCUGUAGAUCUUGCGUUAAGCCCAAAAAAUGUAAGGUGAGGUGAGGUAAGACUAACAUAGUUUUUAGUUAGCAAGAGGCAAGACAAACAGUAUGAGGAUUCCAUACAAGUGAUAGUCUUACCCCACCUCACCUUAACAAUUUUAAAUAAAAUAAAACGAUUGAAACUGAUUAUAUCGCGUAUAUUGAAUUCAUACCACAUCCCCCCGUACCCACCCGUUACCCACGAUGUAAAGGGUUCGAAACGUCGGGAUGUAGUAUGAAUUCAAUAUACGCGAUAUAAUCCGUUUCAAUAGUUUUACUUCAUGAAUAACUAUCGCGGUAACCGAAGACAAUUUGAAAUACUUCGUUGAGCCAUUAUCACAGUGAACUAAAAUGGUCAGGUGGCAUAGACCAUAUUGGCGCGUAAGUCCUCUAAAAUCCGCCAUUUUGAACUUUUACCAAAAAACUAAAUUCUAUCUAACUACCAAACCUGCUCGCAAAAUUUCACGAGAAUCGGUUCAAAAAUGCGACCGACAGAGGAGAACAUCCGGACCUUCGAUAGCAUUUCUACCCAAGCUGAAAUGGAGACCUUCGCUAACGCUCGGUCAAUAAAAGAAAGUUCCAAAUUCAAAAGCGCUUAAGUUUACGAGGUUAAAUUUACCGUCUCGUCAGUAUUCUGUAUACGGGUAAAUAUAAAUAAAUCUAAAAUUACCCCAAAUGCCUAUAGGGACCGUGCGCGUUGGAGGGUCUGCCAUCUUGUGGCCUGAAUCGGAAACAUUAUGUGCACAUAGUGUACAUUGCCAAAGCAAGUGCUACCAUCUACCGUUCUUGUCGGUACGUUUCCUUGUGCAUAGUAGAUUCUGCCAUCUUGUGGGCUACAUCGGAAGCAUAAACGACACAUUUACGCCUCGCGCCAAAAAUCUGACGGCUCCUAUGCUGCCCCCUAUAGUUCAUGCACGGGGCCUAUAGGAGCCAUACUUAUUUGCUCCAUACCGAUUAAGAGUGACUUUAUAUUGGAAUGAUAUGUCAACAUGUCUCAAAUUGAGAGACGGAUUCACAGAAACUUGGCAUUUAUAUUAUACGGAAUAAAGCCGAGUUUCGACUGUCGAAAAAUUGGAUUUGUCCGAAUAAUUUAUUUGAUAGGUAUUUAAAAUGGUGUGUAAUGAGCUUCUCAUUCUUAAGAGAUGAAUAAAUACAUGUAAUUUGUGUAAAGAAUGACGAAAGACCAGGCAAGAAUGGUACUAUAGUUAUUUUAAUAGUCAUUGGAAAUUAUACUUCUUAUUAUUCGGUUUAUGUUAUGUGACUGCAGCAUUUAUUUAGUUUGCUUUUUCUAAAAGUCAUAGUAAUAAAAUUUGGGUUCCGAUAUAGCAUUAAUAACUGUAAUUUCACAAACCAUCAGUGUUACGUUUUAAAAACGCAAACUUUAUGAUGUUAUGGACAAUCAUCAGAAUCAGAUAUUUUCAACUACCUAAGCCCCUUAAUGACUGCCAAUCCUAUUUAAUGGGCCAAAAUAAUCGAAGUUUUUAGUAAAUCUUGAACUGAUU